AUGGGUGCCAUCAUGCGCUCCCUACCGGCGGCGGCGCACGUCGAGGUCCUCGAUAUCCGGGAAUCUUUCAACAAGGAGAUGUCGCAGCUCACAUGCGCACACCUGCUGGAUCUGCUGCCUGCAUUGACCACAAUCGUCCUGGAGAUGGCAGACUACACGCUGGAGUUCAUUGAUGCUCUGCAUGCGGCGUUCCUUCGAUGGCUUGAGCGUCCAGAUGGGCUCGGACCGCAACCUCUGCGUCGUAUCCAUUAUUUUGCCUCGCGCUAUCCAAGAGCCGAGGGAAUUACCACGGUACUCCUCGAAGAUGCCGUCGCAGCUCGCCUCUCAAAGUUGCUGCGACUCUAUACAAGUGCUGGAGUUUACCUCGAGGAACUUCGUAUUGAAGAUGUGGCGGAAAGAUUACCAUGGGGUUCCUUACGAGUUGAGCCUUUCAUUCGAACCCUUCGCGUCGGCUCAUGCGCAGCCAUAGAAUCUCGCGCAACACGUGGUGGAAGGAGCAAUCGUCAUGAACGGAGAGUACAUCUUUCCAGGCUCGACUUGCGUCGGUGGUCUCGAGAUGUAGACGAGCUGGUCUCCCAGGUAUCACGGACUUCUUCUGCGAUGGAGUUCACAGCUCAUAUGCGUACAUGCAGCGUCAAAUGA